AUGCCGCGCGGUUUGGAGCUGCCAAUUCGUCUACGCCCGUGGUUCAUGGGCCUCACCGCUCUCGUUUUGCUUUUUCUCGCUCUACUUGGCUUUACGAGCAUUGCCGACGAAUGGCCACUAAACGACAAGAUACUUCAUUUCCUGUGCUUCAUGGUCGCAACAGCCGUAUUCUAUUUCAUCCUCGACGUCGACGACGACGCAAAACACAUAUUAUGGUGGCGCUACUUUGGUCUAUCGUUCUCAGGAACGGUUUGCAUAUUGCUUGGAGGCAUAGGGAGUGAAUUCGUCCAGUCACUCUUACCAUAUAAAACAUUUCAGUGGGGCGAUGUAACUGCAAACGUCCUCGGAGCAAGCGUCGGUCUAUUAAUCGCAUACCGACUCGAAAAGUAUUAUAGAUUCCGUCGCGAAGUCGCACGGUUAUAUCAGCCUCUAGGCGAGUCUGACGCCGAGGAAGACUCGGAGGAGGAACUGUUGCCAACGCAUACCGCAAAGGGAACAAAAGGCCGCAAUUCAACAACGCGCUCCGACCAUCCCAGAAAUAAACCACGAUUGGGCAAUGUCUGGGAUGCUCGCGAAGACUUUGACAUAGGUGACGCCUCGGAUUCUGCUUCUGACGAGGAGGAGCGAGCGGAACGAAGGAGACCGACCGAACCUUCCACUCCACAUAUCAUCGUCUCACAGAGCUCAUAG